UUCAGAGGUGAAGGGUUAUGAGUCUGACAGAGACACAUGUCUGUUGUUGAUGCUGGACAUUUUAACGUUUUUUAAGCUCUUUCUUCGCGUUUUGCAGUCUUUAGGUCCAGGCUCGGGUUCAGUGGGUCUGUCCUGAGCUCAAAUGAGGAACCUGAAGCUGCUGAAGAGCCUGCGGAGCUCAGAGCUGCAGGGUCCAGGCUCCGCGCAGUGCCUCUCUGUGCGGGCCGACACUGGCUCGCUGCUGGUUUCAUCUCAGUUCGCCAUCACAGAGUUUGACCCCCGAACUGGCCAGGUUGUAAGCGAGGCUUCACUGACUGCUGAUGGUUUCCUCCCAGAGGAUGGCAGUGGUGUGGUUGUGGGACUGCAAGACCUGGCUGAACUGCAGUCAGCAUGUUUGGCUACAGCUGGUGGUGAUGUCGUCCUCUUCAACCUCAACACCUACCAGCUGGAGUGUGUCGGCAGUGUGGACAGUGGUCUGACCUCGAUGAGCUGGAGUCCUGAUGAAGAGCUCGUCAUUCUCACUACUGGUCAGGAAACAAUCAUCAUGAUGACCAAAGACUUUGAGCCGAUCACUGAAGUCAGCAUCCACCAGGAUGACUUCGGUGAAGGGAAGUUCAUCACAGUAGGUUGGGGGAAGAAGGAAACUCAGUUCCAUGGCUCAGAGGGGAAACAGGCAGCACAGAGGAAGAUCCAGGAGGUGCAACCAGCUGCUGCGUGGGAUGACCGCAGGCCGCGGGUGACGUGGCGAGGUGAUGGUCAGCUGUUCGCCGUCAGUGCCGUCUGCCCUCAGACUGGAGCCAGGACGGUCCGGGUGUGGAACAGAGAGGGCGUCCUGCAGGCCACCAGUGAGCCCAUCAGCGGCCUGGAGCAGGCACUCUGCUGGAAACCCUCAGGCAGCCUGAUAGCGAGCACUCAGCGUCAUCCCAACAAACACAGUGUGGUGUUUAUGGAGAAGAAUGGACUUCUGCAUGGAGACUUCACCCUGCCGUUCAGCAAAGAUCAGGCAAAGGUAAAAGACCUGCUGUGGAACAGUGACUCCACUGUUUUAGCCGUUUGGUUGGAGGACAUGACUCCUGGGGAGGAUGGACAGGUCAACACGUACAUCCAGCUGUGGACGGUGAGGAACUACCACUGGUAUCUGAAGCAGAGUCUGGACUAUGGCCAAGACCCUCAGAAGGCUCCGGUCUGUGUCUGCUGGGACCCAGAGUGCCCUCUACGGCUCCACGUGGUGACCAGAUCCUGGACCAGCCUCACCUACGACUGGGGGUGGACAACAGAGCGGAGCCCCGGGCUGGAUGACUCUGACAACGCCAGCGUGGCUGUGAUUGAUGGAGAUAAAAUCCUGGUGACGACCUUCAGGCAGUGUGUGGUUCCUCCUCCCAUGUGUUCGUUCGAGCUUCAGCUGAAGUCACCAGUCAACCAGGUGACCUUCCUCUGCCGACCUCAGCGGACCACUCAGCUGGCAGCGCUCACUGCUGACGGACAGAUCUCAGUCUACAGCCAAGAUGCUGGAGAGCGGGCUGAGAAAACAGCAGAUGGAUUCAGGAUUAUGUCUCCUCCCCUGGUUCUCCAGAAAACCUUCAGAGUUGCAGCUGUUCAGGAUGAUCCUCUGGCCCUACGGCAGCUGCUGUGGCUGGAGGAUGAUCUGUUUGUGGGUGUGGGCUCCGGUCUGCUGCCAAACUCCUCCACCCUGCUGAUGCUCCGGCCUGCUCAGGACGCCAGUGACAUGCUCACUGUCAGGGCUGAGAUGGAAGUGGACGGUGUUGUGGUCAGCAUGGUUCAAUGCUCGCAGACCAGCACUGUGGCCCUGCAACUGGAAGAUGGGCAGAUUAGGAAGCUGCUCUGGGAUUGUCCUGAGCCAUCAGUGGAGACCUGGCGUGACUCCAGUGGAUGUAGCAUCAACUUCCCUGUUCCCUGUGUUCACAUGGCCCUCUGCAGCAUCAGUAGAGAGGAACAUCUCUUGGGCCUGACUGACAGAUCUCACCUGUAUGCUGGAGACACGGAGCUUGCCUCAAAUGUUUCCUCCUUUGCCGUUUGUAAUGACUUCCUUCUCAUCACCACACUCUCCCACACCUGCCGCUGCCUCCACCUGAGCUCGCUCACUGUCAAAGGGCUGCAGGUGGCCUUGGCCUCAGAUGGAGGUCAGAAUGAUGAGACGCUGCGCCGGGUGGAGAGAGGAUCCCAGAUCGUUACUGUGGUGCCUCAAGAUACCAGAGUGAUUCUACAGAUGCCUCGUGGGAACCUGGAGACUGUGCAUCAUCGAGCGUUGGUGCUGGCUCAGCUCAGGCAGUGGUUGGACGAUCUGCGCUUCAGAGAAGCCUUUGAGUGUAUGAGGAAACUGAGGAUCAAUCUCAACCUCAUUUAUGACCACAAUCCAAAGGUUUUCCUGGAGAACAUAAAGACCUUCAUCACACAACUCAACUCCAUCAACUACAUCAACCUCUUCCUCACUGAGCUCAGGGAAGAAGAUACAACUAGCAGCAUGUACCCCCAUCCUCAGAGCAGCCUUGUCCAACCGCUGCCUGUCUCUGCCCAGAAGAAGGUGGAUGUGGUGUGCGAUGCCUUACGGAGUGCUAUGGAGUCAAUGGAUCCAAACAAGUUCUGUCUGUCCAUUCUGACGGCUCAUGUGAAGAAGACCGUUCCUGAACUUGACAUCGCUCUGCAGAAAGUCCAUGAACUCCGAGAGAGCCCUCCCACAGCUCCCGGUGCUGUGAGCGCUGAAGAGGCACUGAAGUACCUCCUCUUCCUCGUCAAUGUCAACGACCUGUACGAACACUCUCUGGGGACGUACGACUUUGACCUCGUGCUCAUGGUAGCUGAGAAAUCCCAGAAGGACCCCAAAGAGUACCUGCCCUUCUUAAAAAUGCUGAAGAGCCUGGAGCCAAACUACCAACACUACACCAUCGACAAACACCUGAAACGCUACAGGAAGGCCCUGCAUCACCUCAGCAAGUGUGGAAAAGAACAUUUCCCUGAAGCUCUGAAGCUGGUGAAGGAGCAAAAUCUCUACAGUGAAGCUCUGCAUCUGUACACGGCAAACAGCGCUGAGUACAAGGCUCUGAGCUGCGCCUAUGCUGAGCACCUAAUACAGCAGCAGCAGGCGGAGCAGGCCGGCCUACUGCUGUGGCGAUGUGGAGAGCCAAUCAGCGCCUUGCAGGCGUUCGCCAGUAGCUCCAGUUGGAGAAACGCAAUCUGUGUGGCGCAGCAGAUCCCACUACCACCUGACCAUUUGGCUCUACUGGCCAGAGACCUGGCAGGGAAGCUGACUGAGCAGCGACGAUACUCAGAAGCUGCUCUGCUGCUGGACCAGUACGCCAAAGACUGUGAGGAAGCCAUCUUGGCUCUGAUCACUGGUGCUUUCUGGGAGGAGGCGCUUCGAUUGAUUUACCUACACAACAGACAGGACAUCACUGAAACCAACCUGAAACCUGCUCUGACAGAAGCCGUCGGCACACAGACCGUCUUCCUGGAGGCUCAGGUAGCGACGUUCGCACGACACAGGGCCAGACUGGCUGUCGUCCGAGAGCAGAAGCAGAAGGCCCGACUGGACAUGCUUGAUGAGGAUGAUCCAGACUGCCCUGAUGCUGAGUUUUACUCUGAAGCCAGUAGUGUGAUGACUGGCUCCAAAUACUCCCAUAGUAACUCCCGCAUCUCCUCGAGGUCAUCAAAGAACCGGCGGAAGGCCGAGCGGAAGAAGAUCAGUCUGAAGGAAGGAAGCCCGAUGGAGGACAGAGCGCUGAUGUACGCUAUGGGUGAGAUCAUCACCACGGUGGACAAGAUGAGAGAGGAAGUGCACAGUCUGCUCAAGGCCCUGGUGCUGUUCCAGUUUGACAAACAGGCAGAAAAGCUGCAGCUGGCCUAUGAUGAUGCUCUGCGGGUGAUGGAGGCAGCAGUACCUGAGGUGUGGCCUGUAAACCUCCAAAGCAACCAAACCCCGCUCACUGGGCCAAACUCAACUGCAAACAGCAUCAUGGCUUCUUUCCAACAGCAGCAGAAACCUGCAGCUUCACCACAAGAUGCAGAGGUCCUGACGCCACCAAAGAUGAGAAACGGUGUCAAGUGGAAGCUCACUAUUCUUAAGAGCCACAGGAGGAGGAUGGAACCACGAGGUGCUUUACCCAAGAAACGCUACUCACACCCCAAGUCUCUCAUCUCCCCUGGCUCGUCAUCAUGAAUGUCUGACUCCAUC